AUGGGCAUUCGAGAUUGGGGAAAAGCUUUCAAGAACUGUCUUUCAAACGGCACGUGGUACCGUCAUCCGGAGACUGGAAAACAGUGGGCAAAUUACACAGGUUGCGUGGACAUUGACGACUACGAGUUUCGGGAACUGAUAAAUACGCUGUACAUCUUUGGCUAUUCCGUCUCGCUGGCUGCUCUGCUAACGUCGUUGCUGAUUUUCUUCACGUUCAAAACUCUGAGGUGCACCAGAAUAGCUAUACACGUACACUUGUUCAUAUCGUUGGCGCUGAACAAUCUCACAUGGAUCAUUUGGUACAAAACGGUCGUACAAGACCUGGAAGUUGUCAAACAAAACGGAAUGUAUUGCCAGUCGUUGCACGUGGCUCUGCAGUUUUUCAUGGUGGCCAACUACAUGUGGAUGUUCUGCGAGGGACUGCACUUGCACAUGGCUCUGGUAGUGGUGUUCGUCAACGACGUGAAUGCGAUGCGCUGGUUCUACGCAAUCGGCUGGGGUGUACCUGCCGUUCUAACCGUCCUUUACGUCUCGUGGAGGAGCAAUUCCGAGGACACUGCGCAGUGUUGGAUGCACGAGAGCCACUGCCAGUGGGUUCUGACCGUACCGGUUUUCGCAUCCAUUCUAACCAGUCUAUUGUUUCUGAUGAACGUCAUGCGGGUGCUGCUCACCAAACUCCAUCGGAACUCGACAAACCCGGCACCGAUUGGCGUCCGGAAGGCAGUCAGGGCCGCAUUGAUCCUGGUCCCCCUUUUCGGCAUACAUUACAUCCUCAUUCCGUACCGGCCAAAGCACAAGACCACCGUGGAAACGGUUUAUCAGAUAUUUUCCGUAAUACUGGUGUCGACCCAGGGCCUUUGUGUAUCCGUUUUGUUCUGUUUCGCCAACGUGGACGUGCACGGAGCGUUUCACAAGUACAUCAGGAGGAUCAAGAGACGCGGCACCACACACACCAACGUCACGGGCACUACUCAACCGGUUCAGUCGCAGAUAAGAGACGCCAUCGUCUGAACAGCGAUGAGAAAAUAUUUUAUCAUGAUAUAUUACACGUAUUAUAUUGUACAGGAAAAAAAUAAUAUUAAUGUCGUAACGUGUGUUUUGUAUGUCCUAGAGUUGAACGUUUUGUAAACCUUCUGCAGAAUCUUUUCGAGGCAAAACUUGUAUGCUUCCGGUCCUCUAAAAAUAAAAACCAAAACCUUUUGAAUAAACGACGAUAGUCAAUAUAGACAGCCAUUGGCUAACAUUUUAUCAUAACAAUAAUCAUAUGAAAAUAAUUUUUUUACUGUAAAACGGUUUUUUUUUUUUUUAAAUCGUUUUUGAAAACUAGGUUCUAUGAAAAUACUUCAAAUGUUCGAAUAUUAUAAAUAUUUAUUAUAGUUAAUAUUAAAUUUUAAACUCUAAAAUGAGUCGU